AUGCCUUCACUCUCUGCGGCCCGUUAUGGCAAGGAUAAUAUCCGGGUGUACAAAGUGGAAAAGGACGAAGCCACCAAGACCCAUACUGUUGUAGAAUAUACAGUCACCGUUCUGUUAGAAGGCGAGAUCGAAAUCUCUUACACACAAGCAGACAAUAGCGUCGUUGUUGCUACAGACACCAUGAAGAACACCACCUAUAUUAUCGCAAAGCAGAACCCUAUUACACCUCCUGAACAGUUCGCUGCGAUCUUAGGAACACACUUCAUCGAAACCUACAAACACAUUCACUCUGCGCACAUCACUGUUGUGCAACAUCGAUGGACCAGAAUGACAGUGGAUGGAAAGCCCCAUCCCCACUCGUUCUACAGAGACGGCAACGAGAAGAGACUGGUUCAAGCCGACGUAUAUGAGGGCAAGGGCAUUGAGAUCCGGUCUGGAAUCUCCGACCUCCUGGUGCUCAAGAGCACCGGGUCGGAAUUCCACCACUUCGUCCGCAACGACUUCACCACCCUCCCCGACGUAUACGACCGCAUUCUCAGUACCUCUGUGGACGCAGGCUGGCAGUGGUCUACCUUCAAAGACCUGGAAGCUGUGAAGAAGGACCUCGCGAAAUUCAAUCAGACCUGGGACAAGGCGCGCGAGAUCACAUUCAGACUCUUCGCUACCGAGGAAAGUCCCAGUGUCCAAAACACCAUGUACAAGAUGAGUGAAGAAAUCCUCGCCGCAGAGCCACUCGUCUCCAAGGUCGACUAUGCUCUGCCAAACAAGCACUACUUCGAGAUUGAUCUGUCGUGGCAUCACGGACUGAAGAAUACCGGCAAGGACGCCGAGGUGUAUGCGCCGCAGUCGGAUCCCAACGGACUGAUCAAAUGCACAGUUUCCCGAUAG